AUGUUCAUCUGGGACUGGUUCACCGGCGUUCUAGGUUACCUAGGGCUAUGGAAAAAGUCUGGCAAAUUACUCUUCCUCGGCCUAGACAAUGCUGGUAAAACAACACUUCUACACAUGCUGAAGGACGACAGACUGGCACAGCACGUCCCAACGCUUCAUCCAACUUCGGAAGAAUUGUCCAUAGGAAAUAUGCGUUUCACAACCUUCGAUUUGGGUGGACACACGCAAGCACGACGCGUUUGGAAGGAUUACUUCCCAGCAGUGGACGCGAUCGUGUUCCUGAUCGAUGCCUGGGACCGGAGCCGUUUCACAGAGAGCAAAAACGAGCUGGACUCACUGCUCACCGACGAAGCACUAUCGAACUGUCCGGUACUGAUUCUCGGCAACAAGAUCGACAAACCGGGUGCAGCGAGCGAGGACGAGCUGCGCAACUAUUUCGCCCUGUACCAGUUGACCACCGGCAAGGGUAAAGUACCGCGCUCGGAGCUGCCCGGACGCCCGUUGGAGUUGUUCAUGUGUUCCGUGCUGAAAAGGCAGGGCUAUGGCGAAGGGUUCCGUUGGUUAGCCCAGUACAUCGACUAA